GUCAUUGAAACUGCCGGGGACAAAUCCAUGCAAGUGAAGUAUGAAAUGUCCAUGAAGAAUCAGAUGUAUGGGAAGAGUGGGGACUUCAUCAAGGGGCGAGAACUAUUCGCGAUGAUUCUGGUAAGUUUCAAGUCGCCAGACCACACUGAAGUUCUUUACAAUUCCCAUCACCUAUAUGUAUUCAAUUACUAUGGAGAUGACCAGCUUGAAGCUUUCUACAACAAAUGGCUUGACAUAGUGUACAACAUGAAACAAGAUGAUCGUCCAUCUCUCAACUCACUACGUGACACCUUGUUCCGGAAGAUUGAACAUUCAAAACUUAUGCAUUUUGACAUCAGCCGAUAUCGAACCUUCGAUGAAGGGCAUCCUCAAAAAACCUACGAUUUCCUGAUCACCAUGAUCAAAGGUUACAUCGCACGAGGGAAACAAGAACGACUGUUAAAGGAAAGAGAGCGUGCAGUCAAAAUCUCAUUGACCUCUACCAAGACAACACCAGCCUUGGAAGAUGCAGAAAAGCCUACCGCUCCCAUCAAGACCAAGAAGGAGAACGUGGCAGCAGCCUCAUCUACUGAUGAUCCACCCAAAGGAAGACCUAAAGCAAAGGCGAAGAGUGAAGCUGCCUCAGUCCUUCCAACGCCUUCUCCAAAGUCACAUGCCGACAAGAACAACAAGAAAGGCAAAGGUGGGAAGGGAAGAUCAUCUUCACCCGUUGACAAGAAGAAGAUUUUCUGCAAUUACUUCUUCAACAAAG